GAGGCUUCGCCAAUGUGAUCCAACUCCUCGGGUGCUCCGUCUUCCGUCUAAGAUUCCGCGGUUCAAGAGGUUCUGUCAAUUUCACCUGGAACCCGAAAAGGGUUGGCUGAGACUUUCUACUGGAUACAACUUCUGGCAUCUAUUGUGAACGCAAUCCGACGUUGUCGGGAUUCGCAGAGCCUGCUGUCUAAUCAGACCUUGCCACCUCCAAACGACAUGGCACAGGAGGCCAAUCACACCAUCCUCACAUGUUCUACAUUCAGCCGCAUCUGAGCUUUCUUGUUGAGCCUCACAACUUCUCAUCUAGGAACUCAACGACUAAAAACAAGGCUGUGUGAUACGGUCAACAGGCCGACAUUCGGAACCGAGAAGGUCAGGGAAACGACACCCCUGUCCUGAGGCUUAAGAAAAGAAUCACUUUGCAUGAGGUAGGAUUGGGCCGUCGGGAUUUCUCUUGCUACCUAGGCAUCUAUAUCUAGCCUGAGGUUCACCAUAAUUAACCUUGCUGUGGUCAUGGGAGUAACAGAGCCGCAUACUGUCCCGAGUAUUUGACCAACUCAUUACCCCAGCUCCCUUCUUCUUCCUGACAGUUUGCCCUCGUUAUGGACGAUGCCCACCUCGAACGACAACAGCUGAGCUUGGAACGUCACAGACUGUUGUGACGCCUUUGACUACAGAAAAAGCCACCCAACAACUUACAACACGGCUUCAUCGUCCAUGUCAAUUGACUGCUUUGAAUACUUACCUUGGACCAUCGACGGCUGAUACUCGCCUAUCCCUGCUUACAAUGGAGUGGCGGCUGUUGGCCAUCAGCUGUCGACCGUUUCUCGAUUACUCCUGACUCUGAUACUCAUUAAUCGAUACUUGAAUCAUAACCAUCGUCCAUUGCAUUAACUCCUAACCGUCGAUCCUCGAUCAUAAAUCAGUAAGUCAUACCGAGGACCUGUCCAACUCCCAACAACAUCUACGACGAAGCAUCAACCGCAUGCGAAGUAAAAUCACAUCGUUGCGUCAUUAUCCAAGGACUUGCCGUUGCAUUACCUAGGUGCACAGUUUCAGCACUCGAGGCGAUGUACCAGUUCAACAACCAGAAUCUGUCUCCGCUGAGCACUCCGCGAUACCUUCGAUUUGGACGGAUUUGUUGGCCGAUUGCCACCGAACAUCACUGAGACCAUCACGUGCUGGUAAUAUCAACAACACCGAGGCUGCAUUUGGCCGCGCGCAUCACCAUGCACGAUUACGCAAUCAUACAUUGGACACCUUCAGCCUUCUCUUCCUCCCUUCUUGAUUCCUCACAAGAAGAACUAGAGCCUCAACUCUGCUGCCUACAACUGAGGGAUGCUCAACUAUCGGACCGCCCCAGCCAAGAGCGAUUAUGUGACGGUUGUUCUUAGCAGUGGCCUACGCUUACAUGGCUUAGACGUGCAUGCAGCCGUGGGGUCGACGAGACUGCCACCCAAGCUUGGGUGGAGGGGUUGGCCAGUUGGUACAGCAGUGUGACUCCCAAGUCAGACAACCCUCGGGAAAAGGUUGAAACCACCUGAGUCGAGAAUACAGUCCAUACCUGAGAUGCGGCUCUGCUCAAAGUCUCCUUGCUUUGGAAUUCAGCCUACGAACAUGCCUCGCGAAUUGGAGUAGCUGCCUGAUUGCCCUGUGAGGUCAGCCAGUUUCAGGGCGUUGGGCUGCGUGCCCCCCUGCCUCUUGCUUCUCCCGGUCUUUCUGCACAACCGUCGCCAAGCGCAGAGCCGCCAAAAGUACGCUGCAGAGCACACCAGCCAAAAUCGCAGUAUGACUACGGUGCUUCAUGUCUCCUUUCAUCACCCCAAAGUCCUGUUCGGCCGCCCUGCUCCGUACUUUCGGCGCAAGACAGGGAGUCAUCUGGAGCUGUGCCCCUCAUCCCUCGUGGGUCACGUCUGUUACCGUCAUGUCUAGGCUAACUGUUGCAAAGACCUGUCGCCCUCACAUCUGCCUGAAAUCACCGGAACGUCGCGUGCGAAGACCCCAGGGUAUGAGGCGUUUCCGCACACACCGCAGCGAAGCAAGGGUUGCACGCCAAUGGGCGUGAGGAGAGGCGUUCUACCCAGAGGCGGAUUUGGCGAUCAAUGGCGCGGGAUGUUUUGUUUCGUCGGUUGCCCUCGUAAACCUUGUCGAGGCAAACAGGACGCUUUUCUAAUAAGCUAGGAAGUUAACUCAUAUGGUCUGCCGGAGACUCGGCCAUGUUAGCCUCAUCCGUGUCGUUCGGCGACUCCGCCUGAGGCUUCAUGUACAAAACCGCCUAGUGGCUGUUGUUGCGGGGCUCGGGGUCUUGUUAGACAGCAAUUACACUUCCACAGUUGAACAUUGGCAUUGUGCUCGUUUGUAAGGGGUAUAUGACGGUUUAUGAAGGAGUUCUGAUCCCGACUGUUUGAGUAUAAAGCACGAAGAGAGAGAAACGUUCUGCACUCGAUUAGUAGGCCAUCAUCGGAUUCAGCAGCACUCCCUGCAUACUUUAGCCUCCAGCUUGUCUAGUUCAACUCAAAGCUUUUGAGAUAUUCUCUUUAAUCUUCCUCGUUACUCUCAAGACACUCCCACCGUUUACAAUGCCUUCCAGAUCUUCCAACACUGUCAAGGUCUGGACCUGCUGUCAAUGCGGUGACUCGGGUAUGACCACAAGGGUCGACAGCUGCCCGUCCUGCUACUACCAUCACCGCUGCGAUAACUGCGUCACUCAGAAGGUCAGGGUUAGGGGCGGCUGAUUGCAAAUAACUCUGACCUAGAACGCCUCGACAUUGAGCCCAACAACAUCCCAUGGUGGGGAGAGCCCAAAAUGAGAGCCAAGGGGUUUCCAAGCUAUAGUUAUGAGAGUACGAAUGAGAAGGCGUUGUCCGUUCUGGUUCGUUCUCGCGCGUCGACCGUUUUUUCCGUUUCUUUUCAUUGGUCUAUAUUAGUUGUUUGGCUUUUUGAUGUCCCGUGUAAGCCACGGGACAGGAUUGGGGGAGGCCACUACCGAAGAACGACAUGGCGUUUGGGAUGGUGGUCACUCACUUGUCGCUUCUCAUUGUUUUCUUUUUGUAUAAGAGGUUACACGGCAAGGGGUCGUUUGCUCGAUAGACUAAAGUCUCACGACAUUCUACUGCGACCUAACUGAUUCGCUGUUUCAUAUGUAACUCUGGUACUCCUG